CAUUGCUCUGUCUUUUCUCUCCACUCCAUUGCCAUACAGAAUCUCUCACUUUCUUUUUAAUUUUUUCUUUUUAGCUUUCAAUUUUUCUUUUCCCCCUUCAAACUCUUAUCGUUUUCGCUUCACGCAUAGCAUGCUCCUCCUCCGCAAAUUCAAUGACGCUUUCUUCUUUACCUUUAUCUCCCUCCUCUCCUUAUUUUCACUGUUUCCUCCUCUAUUUGCCGAUGUUGAUUCCAGGAUAACGCCUCCUCCUGAUGCUUCCCUCAUGACCACUUCCUUCUCUUCUCCGUCCCCUCCCCCAUUUCCAGAUUUUCUUAGUUCCUCUUCACCUUUCAAGCCCAGCAUUGCCGUUAUUGUCGGCGUCUUAACCACCAUGUUUUCCAUUACCUUGCUUCUCCUUCUCUACGCCAAACACUGCAAGCGUGGUGAAGUCGUUGUUUACAAUGGUUUUCACGUCGAUUCCAUCACCAGAAGGACAGGAUACGCACCUUCUACUGCCAGAAAGAACUCGGGGAUUGACCGGGCUGUCAUUGAGUCGCUGCCCAUAUUCCGAUUCAGCUCACUUAGAGGACAAAAGGACGGCCUCGAAUGUGCUGUUUGCUUGACCAGGUUCGAACCACCAGAGGUUCUCAGAUUGCUCCCUAAAUGCAAGCACGCUUUUCAUGUGGAAUGCGUUGAUACUUGGCUCGACGCCCAUUGUACCUGCCCUCUCUGCCGCUAUCGAGUCGACCCAGAAGAUAUUCUCUUAAUCGACCAUGCCUCCAGCAAUAUUCUGCAUGGCAACCACUUACCGCCACCGCCAGAAGAUCCGGAGUCGUUGGGUGUGGAGAGAGGGACAGCCGAUACAGAUAGAGCAGAGACCCAUUCUGAGAAAUGUAGGAGAAUUUCGGGCAGGCACUCUUCCGCUGGGGAGAAGGCAAGUGGUUUCAUUCCUCAAGUUGUUGUACAGAGACCAACUGCGGGGUCGGAGCGGAUUCCAUCUGGCUCCCGGAAUCAUAGUAGUAAUGGUCCGACGUGGUUUGCUAGGAGGUCGUUGGACAUAGGUAGUUUGAGAAAGAAGAGUAAUAAGGAGUCCGUGGCCGUUGGAUGCUUCGACCGUUACCAGUCGCAUCAAAGAAAAGACGGGCUUCUCUUGACCAACGAUGAUGGUGAUGGUGAUGGUGAUGGCGAUGGAGAUGGAGAUGAUCGCGAAUCAAAGAAAACAGGGGGAGGCGCAGGAGGAGACAUGACAAGGCUGGAGCAUCGGAUAAUUGUCUCAGGGAGUGGGUUCCACCAAAGGUGGAGCGACGUACAACCGUCAGAUCUGUUGUAUCUACGAUCAGAAAUGAUAAUCAGUGAUAGCCGUAGAUUAUCGACGGCAUUGGGAUCUCGUCCGUCAAUAGGGAGGCGGCAACAGCAGCAGAAUACGGAGGGGAACAUGCGGACAGGAGGAGAGAGCAUUGAUGAAGAAAGUGGCAGAAGCGUAAUAAAUUCGAGAAGCGUGUCGGAAAUCACGGGACUGAGCAGGUUUUCCAGCAGAGGGAGUAACAACAGCCGUCACCAUCGAGAACGACAGGCGGGUGUUGUAUCGAGAUGGUUGGCUUGGAUUUCUUCUCAGUCACACAUAGAUGUACGGUCCAACCGUACUCCCACUGACGAUGGGCUUAGAGAUUAGGGCUUUUUUUUAAAAUAAAAAAAAAAAAAGAAAAAUCUUUGAGUAGCUAGUUUACCUUCUUCUCCUCCGUAUAGCCCACACGACAAAACCAUUAGGAAGGCUAGGCAGCAAAAUCUCUCCCACUUGUAGCCGAUGAGAUUUUUGGAUUUUUCCUAUUUCUUUAAUUAUUUUAGUAUUUUUAAUAUUCUUAAAAACAAAAAAAAAAAGGAUUACUUUUCCAGUGGAUCUUUUUAUAAAGGGGGAGGAAAAAGGAAACGUCAGAUUCAGAGAGAGCCAGAGAGAGAGAGAGAGAGUUGUAGACAUAUUAGACUAUUAUAUUGUAUAGAUACCCAAAAAAAGCACAUGGAUCGACGAGAAGGGAACAGCUGUUUUCAGUUUUCUUUUUCUUAAAAAUUUUUAGAAAAUUGUUAAACA